AUGCUCCGCGAAGAAAUCCUGGUCGUCAUCGCGAUAUAUAUCCUCGCCUACAGCAUCGAAUACAUAUUUGCAUUAUUCGAUGCCGCGCGCGAGCCCCGACGCGUGAACCCUUCCAUCCCAGUUCCCAUCAUCGGCCAUUUCCUGGGAUUUCUUCGCCAUGGAUUCGGCUAUUAUAACCACAUGAGCCAAACCACGUGCGCAGAAAUCUAUACCGUGGGCGUCUUCAACUUCAAAGUCUACAUCACCAAUAGCCCGCGCAUCACGCAGCUCGCCCAAAAGGCCAAAACGCUAACAUUCACCCCACUCCUCAAAACGCAUAACAAGAUUCACGCACGUCUCAGUGAUCAGGCGGAUGCGCUCUUCCAUGAUGACCUCCUUGAGAAGUACGCCCACUCGACGAAGCAGACGCUUGCGCCGGGGCCAGCGCUGAACGAGCAGAACUUACGCAUGGGAAACCAGGCACUAGCUGAGCUAGGGAUUUUAUUGAAUAGAGGAGGUGAAGUUGGCCUGCUCGAAUGGGCGCAGCAUGCUGUCGUCCAGGCUACCGCUGCGGGACUUUAUGGCGUCGAGCACCCGCUUAAGGACCCGGAAGUUGAAAAGGCUAUGAUCUGGGACGAGCACCGACCAGGCCACAUGAUCGGCGUAGACAUCUGGGGCACAGGCUACAAAGCGCGCGCCAAAGUAUGGGACGCAUUCAAACAGUACUCCGCGAAAGGCAUGCCCGACGACGUCUCUCUCCUCGUGAGCGAACGCCAAAAGAUCCUAGUCGCAGGCGGCUUCAGCGCCGACGAAAUCGCCCGGAUCCAAGCGACGCUUUCGGACGCAGCGUACCCGAACACCGUACCGACGCUGUUCUGGACACUCUACGAGAUAUUUUCACGCCCCAUACUGCUUGAGGAUGUCCGCGCCGAGGUCUGGAAUAAGGCCGUCAAACCUGAAGGUGGGCGAUUCGUCCUCAAGGUUGCGCCCCUCAAGACAGCAUGCCAUGCCCUCCUCUCCGCGUACCAGGAAACCCAACGCAUGCGUCACUACCAGGUUGGCUUCCGGGCGAUUACGGAGGAUACCAUGCUGGAUGGGUAUCUCCUCAAGAAGGGCGGGUACCUACAAAUCCCCGCGCAGCCGACGCACCACAACACCGCUAUCUGGGGUGGGGAUGCAGACGAAUUCGAUCCCUACCGGUUCGUCCCGAACAGGGAUAAGGAAAAGAACGAAACGCAGAAAAUCCACCCCAGCGCUUUCCAGCCAUGGGGCAUGGCGCCGCAUAUGUGUCCAGGCCGGCAGUUCGCCUCGACGGAGAUCCUGAUCAUAACUGCGCUGCUAGUCUGCCGGGCGGAUUUGAAGCCCGUCAAGGGGAAAUGGGAGAAGAAUCCUGCGCUGAGGGGGAUGGAGAUUCCGUCGUUGCCGCGGCCAAAGAGGGAUGUUAGGGUUGUGGUCAGAGAACGGGAUGAUGGAAUGGGUGAGUGGGUGUUGGAUAUGGGGGAUAGUCUGACGAGGGUUACGCUGGCGAGUGGGUAG